GGAAAGUCUGCCUUCCCUAACAGGGCCAGACUGGGAACAUUGAGUGGCAGCGGCCGCAGCCAAUGAGGGAGCAGACGCGGGGAAAGUUUGCUCAAUGGGCGAUGUCCGAGAGAGGCUGUCACUCAGGUGGCAGCGGCGGAGGCCGGGCUGAGACGUGGCCCGGGAACACAGCUGGCUGUCCAGGCCGUCGGGGUGACGGUAGGGUCCCUAGCGUGUCCUUGCCCUGGUGGGAGUUCCGAGCGGCGGGAGAGGCAGGCGCCCGUGGCUGCGCCUCCAUGCCUGCGCGCGGGGCGGGCCGCUGAUGGAGCCAGCCGCCCAACUGGGACUGCUGGUACGGGCGCUGCUGCUGCCGCCGCUGCUGCUGGGGCUCGCGGCAGGGACAGUACCCGCGGGGCGCGCCCGCGAUCUCCCUGCGCCGACGGCGGAGGCGGCAUUUGGCCUCGGGGCAGCCGCUGCUCCCACCUCACCGGCGCGAGUACCGGCCGUGGGGGCCGUGACUGCGGCCGAGGUGACUGUGGAGGACGCUGAGGCGCUGCCGGCGGCCGCGGGCGAGCAGGAGCCGCGGAGUCCGGAACCCGACGAUGAGGCAGAGUUGCGACCGCGCGGCAGGUCAUUAGUAAUUAUCAGCACUUUAGACGGGCGAAUUGCUGCCUUGGAUCCUGAAAAUCAUGGUAAAAAGCAGUGGGAUUUGGAUGUGGGAUCUGGUUCCUUGGUGUCAUCCAGCCUUAGCAAACCAGAGGUGUUUGGGAAUAAGGUGAUCAUUCCUUCCCUGGAUGGAGACCUCUUCCAGUGGGACCGAGACCGUGAGAGCAUGGAAACAGUUCCUUUCACAGUUGAAUCACUUCUUGAAUCGUCUUAUAAAUUUGGAGAUGAUGUUGUUUUGGUUGGAGGAAAAUCUCUUACUACGUAUGGACUCAGUGCAUAUAGUGGAAAGGUGAGGUAUAUCUGUUCAGCUCUGGGUUGUCGCCAAUGGGAUAGUGAUGAAAUGGAACAAGAGGAAGACAUCCUGCUUCUACAGCGCACCCAAAAAACUGUUAGAGCUGUUGGACCUCGCAGUGGCAAUGAGAAGUGGAAUUUCAGUGUUGGCCACUUUGAACUUCGGUAUAUUCCAGACAUGGAAACUAGAGCUGGAUUUAUUGAAAGCACCUUUAAACCCAAUGAGAACACAGAAGAAUCUAAAAUUAUUUCAGAUGUGGAAGAACAGGAAGCUGCCAUAAUGGACAUAGUGAUAAAAGUUUCAGUUGCUGACUGGAAGGUUGUGGCAUUCAGUAAGAAGGGAGGACAUCUGAAAUGGGAGUACCAGUUUUGUACUCCAAUUGCAUCUGCCUGGUUAGUUAAGGAUGGGAAAGUCAUUCCCAUCAGUCUUUUUGAUGAUACAAGUUAUACAUCUAAUGAUGAUCUUUUAGAAGAUGAAGAAGACAUUGUAGAAGCUGCCAGAGGAGCCACAGAAAACAGUGUUUACUUGGGAAUGUAUAGGGGCCAGCUGUAUCUGCAGUCAUCAGUCAGAAUUUCAGAAAAGUUUCCUACAAGUCCCAAGGCUUUGGAAUCUGUCAGUAAUGAAAAUGCAAUUAUUCCUUUGCCAACAAUCAAAUGGAAACCCUUAAUUCAUUCUCCUUCCAGAACUCCUGUCUUGGUAGGAUCUGAUGAAUUUGACAAAUGUCUUAGUAAUGAUAAGUUUUCUCAUGAAGAGUACAGUAAUGGUGCACUUUCAAUCUUGCAGUAUCCAUAUGAUAAUGGUUAUUAUCUACCAUACUACAAGAGGGAAAGGAACAAACGAAGCACACAGAUCACAGUCAGGUUCCUCGACAACCCAAAUUACAACAAGAAUAUCCGCAAAAAGGAUCCUGUUCUCCUCUUACACUGGUGGAAAGAAAUAGUUGCAACGAUUUUGUUUUGUAUUAUAGCAACAACGUUUAUUGUGCGCAGGCUUUUCCAUCCUCAUCCUCACAGGCAAAGGAAGGAAUCUGAAACUCAGUGUCAAACUGAAAAUAAAUAUGAUUCUGUAAGUGGUGAAGCCAAUGACAGUAGCUGGAAUGACAUAAAAAACUCUGGAUAUAUAUCACGAUAUCUAACUGAUUUUGAACCAAUUCAAUGUCUGGGACGUGGAGGCUUUGGAGUUGUUUUUGAAGCUAAAAACAAAGUAGAUGACUGCAAUUAUGCUAUCAAGAGGAUCCGUCUCCCCAAUAGGGAAUUGGCUCGGGAAAAGGUAAUGCGAGAAGUUAAAGCCUUAGCCAAGCUUGAGCACCCAGGCAUUGUUAGAUAUUUCAAUGCCUGGCUUGAAGCACCACCAGAGAAGUGGCAAGAAAAGAUGGAUGAAAUUUGGCUGAAAGAUGAAAGCUCCACAAGAAGCAGGUCUUUUUCAGUAGGGAUUUCCUGUGGCCAGACAAGUUCAUCUGAGAAUGAGUUCUCACCACUGGAAUUCUCAGGAAUGGGCCAUGGAGACAUCAGUGUGUCAGUGGAUGCAGCGUACAACCUCCAGGACAGUUGCCUUACAGACUGUGAUGUGGAAGAUGGUACUAUGGAUGGCAAUGAUGAGGGGCACUCCUUUGAACUUUUUCCUUCUGAAGCUUCUCCUUAUGUAAGGUCAAGGGAGAGAACCUCCUCUUCCAUAGUAUUUGAAGACUCUGGCUGUGAUAAUGCUUCCAGUAAAGAAGAGCCCAAAACGAAUCGGUUGCAUAUUGGCAACCAUUGUGCUAAUAAACUCACUGCUUGCAAGCCCACCAGUAGCAGAUCUUCUUCUGAAGCUACCUUGUCUAUUUCUCCUCCAAGACCAACCACUUUAAGUUUAGAUCUCACUAAAAAUACCACAGAAAAACUCCAGCCCAGUUCACCAAAGGUGUAUCUUUACAUUCAGAUGCAGCUGUGCAGAAAAGAAAACCUCAAAGACUGGAUGAAUAGACGAUGUACCAUAGAGGAGAGAGAGAGGGGCAUGUGUCUGCACAUCUUCCUGCAGAUUGCAGAGGCAGUGGAGUUUCUUCACAGUAAAGGACUGAUGCAUAGGGACCUCAAGCCAUCCAACAUAUUCUUUACAAUGGAUGAUGUGGUCAAGGUUGGAGACUUUGGAUUAGUGACUGCAAUGGACCAGGAUGAGGAGGAGCAGACAGUUCUGACCCCAAUGCCAGCUUAUGCCAGACACACAGGACAAGUAGGGACCAAACUGUAUAUGAGCCCAGAGCAGAUUCAUGGAAACAGCUAUUCUCAUAAAGUGGACAUCUUUUCUUUAGGCCUGAUUCUAUUUGAAUUGCUGUACCCAUUCAGCACUCAGAUGGAGAGAGUCAGAACCUUAACUGAUGUAAGAAAUCUCAAAUUUCCACCAUUGUUUACUCAGAAAUAUCCUUAUGAGUAUGUGAUGGUUCAAGACAUGCUCUCUCCAUCCCCCAUGGAACGACCUGAAGCUGCAAGCAUCAUUGAAAAUGCUGUAUUUGAGGAUUUGGACUUUCCAGGAAAAACAGUGCUCAGACAGAGGUCUCGUUCCAUGAGUUCAUCGGGAACAAAACAUUCAAGACAGUCCAGCAACUCCCAUAGCACUUUGCCAAGCAAUUAGCCUUAAGUUGUGCUAGCAACCCUAAUAGUUGACACAGAUAAUAGCCUACUUCUUAGAACAUGCCUGUCCAAAAUUGUGGACUUGAAAAUUUCGUUCUUUGCUCAAUUUUCUUGUGGACUACUUUUUUAAUGUCAAAUUUAAGCUGGAUUUGUGGGCCUAACCUAAUUUGAGCCAACUCUUGAAUUUUGCUAUAAAGAAAGGGCUAUCUUUGUUGUUUGUUAGUCUCUUGAAACUGGCUGCUGGGCAAGCUUUAUAGCCCUCACCGUUUGCCUACGGAGGUAGCAGCAAUUCCUAAAAUAUAUAUAGUGAGAACUAAAAUGGAAAUAUUUUUAUAUUACAGAAGAAGGAAAGUCCCCAUGUGGUAACUGUAUUAUUCUAGAAACACGCUUUCUAGAGAUACGAUGAUUUUUGAAACUGAUUUCGAGAAAAAGCUGACUCCAUUUUUGUCCCUGGUGGGUAAAUUAGGAAUCUGCACUAUUUUGGAGGACAAGUAGCACAAAUUGUCUAACGGUUGAUGUCCGUAGUGUUAUAGUCCUAUUUGUAGCAUUAAGUAGCUUUAUUCCUUAGAUGGUUCUGGAGUGGGUUUAGAGCUUUUUGUACUUUUACCUCCAGUAAAGGGAAAAUGAAGCUUUUUUUAUGUAAAUUGGUUAAAAGAUCUAGUUUUGGGAGGAAAAAAGCCGUAGUAAGAAAUGGAUCAUAUAUAUUACGACUAACUUCUUCAACUAUGGACUUUUUAAGCCUAAUGAAAUCUUAAGUGUCUUCUAUGUAAUCCUGUAGGUUGGUACUUUCCCCCAAACUGAUUAUAGAUAACAGUUUAAUCAUCUAACUUGCUAACAUGUUUUUAUUUUUCACUGUAAAUAUGUUUAUGUUUUAUUUAUAAAAAUUCUGAAAUCAAUCCAUUUGGGUUGGUGGUGUACAGAACACACUUAAGUGUGUUAACUAUUGUGACUUCUUUCAAGUCUAAAUGAUUUAAUAAAACUUUUUUUAAAUUAA